UCGGAGCUGGGGCGCUGUGGGGGGGCCGGGCUCCCGGGCUCGUGCGUCCUGCGCCCGCCGCGGCGGUGCCGAGCCCGCAGGCAGCUGAUUGUCCUUCGCGGCGGCCGCGGUCGCAGCCUCCUCGCCUCGGCCCGGGGCUGCUGGCGCCGGAGCGAGCGCGCCUCCCGCGGCCAGGGCCGCCCGGAGCAGGGAAACCUCAAAAAACUUUCUGCUACAGACACUUGCACUUCUGCGAUUGGCCACAAGAUGUCGUGAGUGCCUCGGGAGCCCUAAGGGUUGUCCAGGGCGGCUAGAAAUUGAACAUUGUAAGCUCUAGACCUUCACAUAUUUCACUGUUUCCACAUGAUCGAUGCCAGAAGAACCUGAUACAGUGUGAUAUAUAGAAGCAAGAAACAGCCUGCACAAGACAUAGAUCUUGGUAGGCGGCGUGGCUGCAGGCGGUGGGGUUGGCAUCCCAGCCAUCUUCCAGCAGAACGUAUUAGCAGCUCGGGGCCCAGCCUGUGCCCGCAUCCAGCAUCCCACAUCCUGAAUCAUGCCCGCGCUCUCCACGGGCUCGGGGAGCGACACAGGUCUGUAUGAGCUGCUGGCGGCUCUGCCCGCCCAGCUGCAGCCACAUGUGGACAGCCAAGAAGACCUGACCUUCCUCUGGGAUAUGUUCGGUGAAAAAAGCCUGCAUUCACUAGUCAAGAUUCAUGAGAAACUUCACUACUACGAGAAGCAGAACCCCGCACCCAUCGUCCAGGGCGCGGCAGCCUUAGCUGAUGACCUGGCGGAGGAGCUUCAGAGCAAGCCAUUUAACAGCGAGAUCAGAGAGCUGUUGAAACUACUGUCGAAACCCAAUGUGAAGGCUUUGCUCUCUGCACACGACACUGUGGCUCAGAAGAGUUAUGAUCCCGUGUUGCCUCCAAUGCCUGAUGAUAUUGACGAUGAGGAAGACUCAGUGAAAAUCAUCCGUUUGGUCAAAAACAGAGAACCGCUGGGAGCUACCAUUAAGAAAGAUGAGCAGACGGGGGCCAUUGUUGUGGCCAGAAUCAUGCGAGGAGGAGCUGCAGACAGAAGUGGUCUUAUUCACGUUGGCGAUGAACUUAGGGAGGUGAAUGGGAUCCCCGUCGAGGAUAAAAGGCCUGAGGAAAUAAUUCAGAUCUUGGCUCAAUCUCAGGGCGCAAUUACGUUUAAGAUUAUACCCAGUAUCAAGGAGGAGACACCAUCUAAGGAAGGCAAGAUGUUUAUCAAAGCCCUCUUUGACUAUGACCCUAAUGAGGAUAAAGCAAUUCCAUGUAAGGAAGCUGGCCUUUCUUUCCAAAAGGGAGAUAUUCUUCAGAUUAUGAGCCAGGAUGAUGCAACAUGGUGGCAGGCGAAGCACGAAGGAGAUGCCAAUCCCCGAGCAGGCUUGAUUCCCUCAAAGCAUUUCCAGGAAAGGAGACUGGCUCUGAGACGACCAGAAGUAUUAGUCCAGCCCCUAAAAGUUUCCAACAGAAAAUCAUCUGGUUUCAGAAGAAGUUUCCGUCUUAGUAGAAAAGAUAAGAAAACAAAUAAAUCCAUGUAUGAAUGCAAGAAGAGUGACCAGUACGAUACAGCCGAUGUGCCCACUUAUGAGGAGGUGACCCCCUAUCGACGGCAGACACAUGAGAAAUACAGGCUCGUCGUCUUGGUCGGUCCUGUAGGAGUAGGUUUGAACGAACUGAAACGAAAGCUGCUGAUCAGUGACACACAGCACUAUGGCGUGACAGUGCCCCACACCACCAGAGCAAGGAGAAGCCAGGAGAGUGACGGUGUGGAAUAUAUCUUCAUUUCCAAGCAUUUGUUUGAGACAGAUGUUCAAAAUAACAAGUUUAUUGAAUACGGUGAAUAUAAAAACAACUAUUAUGGCACAAGUAUAGACUCAGUUCGGUCUGUCCUGGCUAAAAACAAAGUGUGUUUGUUGGAUGUUCAGCCUCACACAGUGAAGCACUUAAGGACACUAGAAUUUAAACCCUAUGUGAUAUUUAUAAAGCCUCCAUCAAUAGAGCGUUUGAGGGAGACAAGAAAAAAUGCAAAGAUUAUUUCAAGCAGAGAUGACCAAGGUGCUGCCAAACCCUUUACGGAAGAAGACUUUCAAGAAAUGAUUAAAUCUGCCCAGAUAAUGGAAAGUCAGUAUGGUCAUCUUUUUGACAAAACUAUAGUAAAUGAUGAUCUCACCGUGGCAUUCAAUGAGCUAAAAACAACUUUUGACAAAUUGGAGACAGAUACCCAUUGGGUUCCAGUGAGCUGGUUACAUUCAUAACUAAGGGAAAUUUCCAUAAUUAUCUUUUUUGUAGAGUGCAUGAGUAAAUCAGUUACCAUUUUGGUGGUAGGGUUUUUUAAUCUAUAUCACUGUUAGAGAUGUGCAGUCUUGGUUAAAACUGAAUGUUGGUUUUGUUUGUAUUUUUUUACAGCCUUAUUUCAAGCACAAUGUUUGAGUAUAAGACCCAAAAUCAAAACUUGCACAGUACUGUAUUCUGAACGAAGCUUUGAACCUUCUGGUUGUCUUGGGUAUAUAGCUCUAUCUCCAAGAUGAGGUUGAACUUUUAGAGAGACAUAGCUAGAGAAUAUACACAGGAGUUCAGUGCUUCAGCUGGUCUCAGACGUGAUCUCUGCCUUUGAGUUUGCAUGUUUGCCGUUGAAGAUAUUACGUUUGAAGCCUUGAGCAGCUCCAGACGUCAUCAUAUAUGCACCUGGACUGGCAGUAAGGCAGUGUCCUCUUACUAUUCUAAAAGUACAACCUUUUUCUUAUGUAGACACAAUAUAUUCACAGUGUGUGCAUUUAAGAAUCUUUCUUUAAAGGACUUACUGAAAAUUUGCCUUAGUGAGUGGCCUUCUUGUUAUAGUUUGAGAAGGCCUUAUGAGUGUAUAUAUCAGUGACUCAACACAUAUUUAAUAAGGGAAGAUGGGCUUUUAAAAAUUAUUAUAUAUGAAACUAAAAACCUUUCCUUAUGGCUGAAGAAUGGUGAUAUCUUGGGGCAAGUGGUGAUUACAGAGGACAUUUUUAUUUGUAAAUCCUCAGACACAUUUCUGGACUCUCCAGAAGUUCUGGAGCCAGUUAUCUGGCUUUGGAUUUUCCCAAUAAAUUAUAAGAAUGAUUCCUACUCUGAAAGUAGGUUUUAUAUGUUACUGAUGCAGUUAAAGAAAGUGUGAUCAUUUUUCAGAUACGUGCAAUUGAUCACCAUAUAUUUAAGUUGCACUGUAAGAUGUAUUUUAGAAAACGUUUCAUGUAAUGUUAACUUAUUUUUUUGUCACCAAAAUACAGCUUAACACUGGCUAGAUACCAUCCUAAUCUUGUCAUUUUUCAAGAAGUUUAAGAAAUACUCUUAUAUUAUAAAUAUUUAGAUGGGACCUCUCAUUUUUCUUUGAUACUGCUGAUCUUUAGCAAGUAAAUUAUACAGCUCAGAAUACCAGAAAUGUCCACAGUUGUCUAAGAGAACAUGUCCUCCCAUUCUUGCUUGCAGUGAGACCCGGCCAAUCAAAAAUCAUCACCUCUGUGACUUUCAAACAGAAAAAAAAAUUAUUUUUUGUUCAUUUGUAAAGAGAGUUUAGAUGUCCUGUUUAAAGAAAAAUAGAGGGUAGUGAGAUUUUAUAUAUUUAUGAAAUAUUUCAAAGGCAUAUUUUUUUAAUUAUCAAAUGAGGCUAUUCAUAAAAUAAAUUGUAUGUAAAGAUGUCAUAAUUUAAAAUAGUAGUUUUAUAAGUCAGGGUCAACAUUCCAUGUAAAUAUUUGACCUUUAUUCAUACUCAGAUCCACAGGUGUGUUCUGUGUCCACAUCUGGUAGCAUGACUCACUGGGUUUCCUUCAGACGUGUCAAAUUUCAUACCUUGGUUCACACUCACAGCUAGAUAGUUAGAUAAGCAGAUAAUGUUACUUGACAGCAUAAUCCAAACAGCAAGUUUUAAGUUAAUUAACUAGCAAGCAAUUUAGUUUAAAAAGGGGUUGGGGGAUUGCCAGAUCUAAUACUGAAGCCAUACUUUAUAGUUGUGUGGCUGGUCUAGGAAAGUACACAUCUUCCUUAGGUGGUUUGGGUAGAAUAUUCUCUGAACACUGGCUGAAAUUUCCAAUAAAUCAAGAUUUCCUAGGAAAUGAAUUAUAAUUUAGGCAGUCCAAAUUCUUUGUGCAGAAAUAGUACAUGGUUUGUUUUUGUUUUUGUUUUAUUUGCAGAUAAUUGCCUUAGUUCUUUACUAUGGAGAUAGAGAUAGUGUAAAGUGGUAGGAACAGAGUCCUUUUUGAUGGUGGUGGUGGUGAUGGAGGUGUUACAAAAAUAUAAUUGUCCAGCCUUUCUCCCUUUUUACACUCCAGCUGAACAGUAUUUUUUAAAAUAAUGCAAAGGGGCACUUCAGCAAUUUGAAACAUCUUUUAUCAGGUAAUAUGCAUACAUGGUCUUGCAAGUGACGUUUACAUGGCCACCUUGAUGCUUAGAAAGAGAUUUGGUUAAAAUUUAAUAAGACAGGGGCCAACUCCAUGGGCUUUUGAUAAAUGUUACAAAGGGCCCUUGAUUCUGUACUUCGUGCACCCCAGCUCCCUCUCUAGCAAGGACAGAUUAGUUCCUUAGGCAGCCUGCUCCCAAGGCAGUGAUAGCCACGAUCUGAGAGAGCAGGAAUAUUUAUUUUUUUAAGUCCAUAUUUUUAAAAUCCAAGAUCAAGAAGAUAAUUCUAUAUUUGCAUCAUUAACAAAUUGGAAUCUGUUUGGGGUUUUUUUUUUUGGAAUCUGUUUUUUUUUUUUUAAGUUGAAACUGAAAUACAGUUUUUUACCAUUAUUUCACUUACCAAUGUAGACAUUAUUGAUAUCUUUAAGGGUGACCUUCCUAGUAUUGAGUAAUGAUUGAAUGUAUCUAAAUUGUAAUAAUUUAAAAUCGACAAAUGUGAAACAAAACUAUGUUGCUAAAAGUUUCCUGAAGAUAUAGGUUUUUAUUAUUUAUUUUCUUUUUGACUAGUGAGAGUUUAUCAAGCAAUGGAAAACUUUUGCGCUUAAUAAAGUGUCUUCAAAUGAUGUGUGUGCUCUCUUGAAGAUUGUUCUCUCACUUGGUAUCUACUUCACUGUUUCUGAUGGUAGAAUAAAUUGUUUUUUACUGACA